AUGGCUUCUAGGUGCCGAGAGUACAUCACAGCUGAGUCCAUGAUAUCAGAGCAUCUACUUGAAGCUUGGAGGGGAGCUGGGGAGAGGAGGGAACACCGGAUGAGGCAAUGUGAGAAGAGAAAACUUAUAUCCUAGCCUCUGUCCAACUCCGUAUCAGAAAUGGAACCAACUGAGGCCUCAAGCAAUAACAGUGACAGGAACUGUACAAUAGAAAACUUCAAGAAGGAAUUUUACCCCAUCGUAUACCUGGUAAUAUUCGUCUGGGGAGCCUUGGGAAAUGGCUUCUCCAUUUAUGUCUUGCUACAGACUUAUAAGAAGUCCACGUCUGUAAAUGUUUUCAUGCUCAACCUGGCCAUUUCAGACUUUUUGUUCAUAAGUACCCUGCCCUUCAGGGCUGACUACUACUUAAGAGAGUCCAAUUGGAUAUUUGGGGAUCUGACCUGCAGAGUUAUGUCUUAUUCCUUAUAUGUCAACAUGUACACUAGCAUUUAUUUCCUAACUGUGCUGAGUGUUGUGCGUUUCCUGGCCACUGUCCACCCUUUCCAGCAGCUCCACGUCACCAGCGUCAAGACCGCCUGGAUCCUCUGUGGGAUCAUAUGGGUUUUUAUCAUGGCUUCCUCAGCCAUGCUUCUGAAGAAUGGCUCUGAGAAGAAGAACGACAUUAUACUGUGCCUGGAGAUAAGUCCCCUGAAGUUUAAGAAGCUACUGAUCAUGAACCACAUUGCGUUGGUGGCAGGCUUCCUGCUCCCAUUUGCCAUACUCACCAUCUGCUACCUACUGAUCAUCCGGGUCUUGUUAAAGGUGGAGAUUCCAGAAUCGGGUCUGCGGGCUUCUCACAGGAAGGCCUUGGUCACCAUCAUCAUUGCCAUGGUGAUCUUUCUCCUGUGUUUCCUGCCUUACCAUGCACUGCGGACCCUCCACCUGGUCACAUGGAAAGCAGGUGCCUGUGGAGACGCGUUGCAUAAGGCCACGGUCAUCACGCUGGCCUUGGCUGCGACCAAUAGCUGCUUCAAUCCCUUUCUCUACUACUUUGCUGGGGAGAAUUUCAAAGAUCGAUUAAGAGAUGUAGUCAACAAAGAUUGUCUACGGAAGGCAAAGACAAAGUGCUGUCUUCCUCAGAUAGCUGAAGAGCAGAAAUAAGAGUUCGGGGAGUUGUUAUGCAGGUGUGCUCGUGACUCUUGGUGUUCACCUUCAUUCCCUCAUGGUCUCCAAAUACUUUGUAUUUACAUCAUAACCAACACAUCUUGGUUCCCAGCAUUGAAUUGACCACAACGUUUGCGAAUAAAGCCUAUUUCAGAGAUGUCAUUGGAUGCAUUUUUAAUAGUUGGGACUAAAUGAGAAAUGUAGAGGAAGUAUUUCUCCUGGAAUCUUGCACACUGAAACAUGACAUUGGGGAAAAUGGCCAAGCACAGUCAUGUCAGCUUAGCCAUGCUAUGCUAAGUCUCUGGUCCAGGCAGUCUAAAUUCCCAAC